GCGGUUCCACCGUCACCACGGCGACGGUGUGGAACUUGGCAACCCCCUUAGCAACGGACACCUGGGUAACGGAGAAGUGAGAAUACCCGGAUAUACCACUGUGAGCGGGAUCCAUGGCCGAGGCCGGGUGGUGUUUGCAUCUCAGUUGUUUGUGCACUUGCUGAAAUCUGAUGCUUUCAGCAUUCUGAAAAGGGAUGUUUAGUCUUAUGGCUAACUGCUGCAGCUGGCUAAAACGUUGGCAAGAACCUGUAAGGAAAGUAACUCUAGUGAUGAUAGGGUUGGAUAAUGCUGGGAAAACUGCAACUGUGAAAGGAAUUCAAGGAGAGUCUCUAGAAGAUUUAGCUCCCACAGUGGGUUUUUCAAGAAUUGAUCUAAAACAGGACAAGUUUGAAAUCACCAUCUUUGAUUUGGGAGGAGGGAAAAGAAUCCGCGCUAUCUGGAAGAACUAUUACUCUGAGUCCUUUGGCGUUAUUUUUGUUGUGGAUUCCAGUGAUGUUGAUCGAAUAGAAGAAGCCAAAGAAAUUGUGGCAGAGGUCAUAAGGCAUCCUAAGAUAUCGGGGAAACCUGUGCUAGUAUUGGCAAACAAACAAGAUUGUGAUGGAGCAUUGGCAGAGGCUGAUAUCAUAGAGUACCUUUCAUUGGAAAAGCUGGUCAAUGAAAAUAAAUGUUUAUGUCAAAUUGAGCCUUGUUCUGCAACUUUGGGGUAUGGAAAAAAAUUGGACAAAGCCAUUAGGAAAGGCCUUGGUUGGCUUUUGAACACCAUAGCAAAAGAUUAUGAUAUUCUACAAGAAAGGGUACAAAAAGACACAAUGGAACAGAAGGCACAAGAAGAGAAAGACAAACAAGAUCGGGCAGAAAGAGUCCGUAGAAUACGAGAGGAAAGAGAACACAAAGAAAAGGAAGAGGGGCACCCUCUAAACCAGGAUGAGGAUGAUGAACCUGACCCAAAAGUAAACCCUUUUCAACCUAUAUCUAAGGUCAUUUCUGUGAAUGAAGAAAAAAUCAGAAAACUGAAAGAGAAAAACAAACCAAAACCUAGUGGAGAGAUUCCAAUAAGUUCUUCAGAAAAGUCAAAAUCAUCUAAGAUGCAAUCUGGCAACGGCAAUCAAAUGUUUGAGAGAGUGAAGCCAGUCGCCCGUGUAUUAACUGAGCAACAAGAGGAAAUUGAGUGCAACCAAAAAAUGAUAGACACUGAGUCUGGGAAGAGAAAAGUUAAAAAGAUUCCUAUAAAGAGAAAGAAUAGGGUGGAGCCAUUCAGUACAGAUGAUGACUCUGAAAAUUCAAGCCCACCACCGCCACCUGUUGGCUGGGGCACUCCCAAAGUUAACAGACUUCCAAAACUUGAGCCUCUUGGUGAAACCCAACAUAAUGAUUUUUACAGUAAGCCGCUCCCACCAGUGCAAGUAAGCCAGAAACCAAAUGCUGACACCCAUGAAGUUAUCUCCUAGCAGUAUGGAUCUCUUGUUACUCUCUGAACAAAACUAUGUAGAAUUUUUUUUUUUCUGUUUUAUUUUAAAAAUCAAACAUGAUUCAUUCUUUCUCAUCAGAAAAGAUUUAAAGAACUUAGCAAGGAGGGAAAGAAUAUAUCAUCACUUUUCAGAACAAAACAAAACUUUCCAUUCUGCAGUCAAGGACUUAGCAUUGCUACCGCAUCAACAUGUUCAGCAAAAGAAUGGCUGCAAUGGACAGGCUUAAGUUUUGAGUAAAGUGUUGAAUGGCUAUUUUUGGCAAACAUAGGAGAAGAAAGAGGCAAUGAGACAAUACACCACAGAAGUAUUUUUUUCUGCUGUGUUUAAGCCAGUGGAAUUUUGUCUCAAUUGAAAAGUUCAUGAAGAGACAGAACCUGACAGAGAAAAAAAAUCCUUUUCAAUGUAACAUUUGAAAUUUGUACAGUACAGAACAUUCAAUGUCUUUUGUGCUUAAUGUUUUGUUUUGAGCAAUCUUUCUAGAAGAUGCAACAUAGUGAUGCAAGUAAUUAUGUUUCAAACUGCAGAUAUUUUAGGUUUUGUUUCAAAGUUCAAGCAAAGAGUCCUAUUCAUGUGGUCUUGAAACUCAGUUGGAUUAGAUGUCUGCAAAUACUGCAGCAAAAUUUUGUUAUAUUUCUAUGUGGAACAAAAUAUGUCUUUUUUUUUAAAAAUGUCAUGCGUGAAAUUGGCAAGCAUAAUUCCUUCAAUUCUGUCAUAUACUGUUGAGUUGCCUCUGGAUGGGCUCUUAUUACUGCUUGUAAUAAUAUCUCAGAUUUUAUAUUGCAGAACUGCAAGUCUUUUGAAGACUCUCAAAUUUUGCAAUCAGAGCGAACAAAUCACGAUUAUAUAGAUUACAGUCAUAUGAGACAUUAUUUUGGAAAUUGCUUGUAUUUUCAAUCCAGAGAUGUAAGUAGAUCUGUUUUUCUAGAGGUCAGAUACAUAAUGUAGUAUGCUUCAAUAGUCAUAAAAGUUGAGUGUAAAAUUUAGAGUUUUUAUCUUAAUUAAAACAACCUGCAUUGUUUCUAUGAUGUUUACUCCUUUUCUUAAUUUGUUUAUAAAAGUUACGAUUUUGUAUUUUUCGAAUUAGUUUGUGAGUUUUUCAAACACUUUGUACAUCUUUCAGAAAGAAUCUUGCAUUUUUUUAUAAAAGUAUUACUUGUGGUGAAAAGGGUAGAGUGAAUCACUUGGUAAAACCAUAAGAAAUAAGAACAGGAGAUGGCUAAAUGGCCCCUUGAGCCUAUUUCGCCAUUUGCGAAGGUCAUGCUCAAACUUCAACCCCAACAGUCCUUUCACAUAUCUCUUGAGUGCAAAAUAUCCCCGUCUCAGCAUUGAAUAUGCUCAACAUCUAAGCAUCUACAGCCUUCUAAUAGACAAAAUUACAAAAAUUCCUAACCCCUUAUCCUGAAACUUUAACCCCUAAUACUAGACUUUUCAGCCAGAUAAAUGACAUAGCAGAUGUGAGGGUGCCAAGUUCUUUCAGAAUGUUUUAUGUUUCAAAGAGAUCACUUCUCAUUAUUCUGAGGUCCAGAGAAUGUAGAAUCACUGUACUCACUCUCUCCUCCUACGACAACACUCUUAUUCCCAGAAAUCAAUCUGAUGAAACUCCAUUGAUUCACUUCUAGAGCAAUCAUAUUUUACCCUUAGAUAAGGAUAUCAAAUCCAGUUAUGGUCUUUCCAAAUCCUGUACAAUUGCAAUAAGACAUCUUACUUGUAUAUUAUAAUUUGCUUGCAAUAAAGGUCAAUGUCAUUUUUCCUCCUUAUUGCUUGCUACACCUAUUAUUUUUGUGUUCUAUGUAGAAGAACACAUAAAUCUGUCUGAACACCUACAUUUAUUAUAUCAUUAAUGUUUUUAAAAUUACCUGUUUUUAUUCCCCCUACUAACGAUUUCACAUUUCUUCACACUGUGCUCCUUCUCUUACCUGCUUGUAGCUACACUGUACCACAUUGGCCUGAAGUGAAUAAAAUCUGAUAAUGAAUUUAAUUAGAAUGACUUCCUGUAUUGACUUGGACAUGUCACUUAAUAUAAAAUGAUUGUCUCAUUAAUCAGAUCAACCAAAACCAAUUUUGUACCAGACUUUAGUGGAAUACAAUAUCUACAAACACACAACAGUAAAUUAGUUUUAUGUACCUCAUAAUUUCUCAAAUUUACCCAGUUUUAUUAGUAUUUUUCUACAAUUAAAAUAUUGUGUACCAACUACUUUUCCUCCUCCAAGUCUCCAAUUUUCCUCUUUCCUUGCCUGAUUAUGCUUCAUGUCAUAGUAUGAAUCUCUGUAAUGACCUAAUGCCUCAACAUAUAAAAACUUUACAUAUAUUAACUUGAACACCUUGUGUCCCUGAUGUCUCUAACAAGUGGACAACUUUGAUUAAGCUUAAUCUGUUCUCAUCUAAUGUCCACACAUGAAUUUGAACUAAGAGCGUUGAUAGCUAUCAGCAUUUGGAGCACCAGAUGAUUAUCUCCGUGCUUGCUUUCCCUUUCUUUUCCACUGUCCACUUACCUAAACAAUUCACUAGUUUUGGGAAACUGAGACUUUUGUCAAUAACAAGCAGAGGCCCAUCUGAAAUAAAGAUAGAAAAUGCUGGAAAUAUUGAGCAGGUCUGACAACAUCUGCAGCGAGAGGAAGAGAAUUCAUGUUUUUGUUGAAUGAUCUUGCGUGAAAACUUUAUAAAAUUGGCUAACAACACAGACAACUGGUUGGACCUGUUACGUUAUUAAUCAAGAUACUACUAAAUUAUGGUGUAUUCAUUUUUAGAAAUAUUAAAAUUCUCAGAUUUGUAACAUUUGAUAUUUGCAUUUAAGUAUUUAUAUUUCUGCUAACUUUCCUACUUUUUUUCUUUUUAAAUUCAAACACAAAGUAUAUAAUUUUUACCACAGUUAGCUGUUAUUAUUGUUGCUAUUUAUUUGUUUCAGGACAAAGUAUUAGAGAAUCGGCUCUGCAGUUAAUCCAGCUCAUUGAUUUGCAUUAAAAUUUCAUGUAUAAACAUUAUUUUUUGGAUUCAAGCAUCACUAACACGUAUUAAAAAAUAAAUAUUUUGACUUACAUUGUACUUCAUUUUCAAUUCAAUAUUUAAUUAAACAUAUCUCUUGUUGGAAAGUAGUUGUGUAUUAUUUUGAACAUUUAUGUAGUAAUAUACCUUUGUAAUCUUGUAUUUUAUUUUUAAAUGUACUAAUUACUUAUAGGUAUUAGUUUGUCCAAAGACAACACAGGUUGUAUCUUCCUAAUCCAGCACUCUCUGGUCUGGCCAUCUCUGUGAUCCAGUUUCCACAGUAUAGUUCCAGUUCUGGUUUUAGAUUCUAUAAACUGGCUAUUUAGGUGUCAGGAUCAUGGCAUAUACCUGCCCAGUCUGCGCUCAAAUCUAUUUUAUAAUGUGAUUUUUGUUCUCUGUUUGCAAUAAUUCAGAUAUUACUUAUUGGAUCCUUCGGUGAAAUGAUUUAUUUUGUUGCUCACAGCUAGGCUCUGCAGGAGGUAUUAAAAAAAAUGCUUCAACCGCACACAGGAACAAAUGCCUCUAGUGCCAUUGGUGCUUAUGCAACAUCAUCCCUUUCCAUGUUUUCUAUUAAGGAGCAUUUGUUGUUUCAAAAUAUGAAUUACAGCAAGAAAGUUCAGUUGAAUUUAAUGAUGAAAUGCAGAAGGAUUGUGAUAACCAUGUUGCAUAGUGCUUUUUAAAGUGUAUAUGUCCUUCUGUGUUUCAACAAAGGCCUGGUCCCAAGACUGCCUGAUUACAAAGAUCCAACCUGUACUGUACUGUACUGUGUAGUAGAGUUUGAAUGUCGCUGGAAAAUGUCUUAGUCAGAAGCAAAUACCUGAUUAAAUCAGUUGUACUAUGCAUAAGAGCUUCAUUUAAUAACUUAAGGUUUUAUGCUCUUCCAAAAUAAAAAGUUUGUCUUUUAAAA